UCAAUCUAAAAGCAGAUUCCAUGAUGCUAUCAAUUUAAAGGUCGUACGAGAAGUGAGAAAUAAAUAAAAUGGAUAUUGUAAAUGCCUUAACAGAAUUAAAUCUAAAUGUCGUGAAGACCAUAGGAAAAGGCACUUACGGAAAUGUUUAUCUUUGUAAGAAGAGUAAUAAUUUGUUGACAAUCGUUAAAGAUAUCCAGCUGAAUAUAAAAAUACAAGAUCAUGUGCAGGACACAGCUAAUGAAGUGAAGAUACUAUCAUCAAUGCAUCACCCAAAUAUAAUUCAGUUCUAUGAGUGCCAUUAUUUCGACAGUCACGUCAUGAUAUCGAUGGAGUAUGCAACCAAUGGGAAUCUUGCUGAGUAUAUGUACGACCGGUGCCCUAAACUUCUGAAACAAAAGGAGAUCCUGUUUUUCUUGGCCCAAAUCCUCUUGGGUGUAAAUUACAUUCACAGUUUGAAUGUGAUACAUCGAGAUUUGAAAGCUGAAAACAUACUUUUGACUGGAAAAUAUGGACUUAUUGUGAAAAUUGGCGAUUUCGGCAUAUCCAAGAUGUUGGCUAGUGCCAAGAAGACUUCAACGGUAAUCGGGACCCCAUACUACCUGGCGCCAGAGCUGUGUGAUGGCCAACCAUACGACUCGAAGAGUGAUAUUUGGGCCUUAGGUUGCUUGCUUUAUGAAAUGUGCACCCACAAAAGAGCUUUUGAGUCUGAGACUCUAGUCGGUUUAGUGAAGGCUAUAACAAGUGGUAGCGUCCACCCCAUAGACUUGUCUGUCUACGACCGAGGCAUUCAGGACCUUAUCGACUCAAUGCUGUCUAUAGUCCCGGAAAAACGACCGAACAUUCGAGAACUCAUGGGCAGAAAUAUCCUUUUGCCUGUUGUGUAUACGGUGUUCCUAGAUGCAGGAAAUGAUGACUUACUGUAUGCAGAUUUAGAGAACUUUAAGUGUGAUAUGUUUCAGUGA